GUUAUUUACGCACACGUCAGCUUUCGGUGUUGUUUGGUUUUUAAAUCGAUAUUGAAAAUGUCUAAUUCAGUGAUUUCUGUAAUUUCCAGGUUUUUGGAGGAAUAUGCGUCCAGCACACCGAACAAACUGAAAGUGAUAGACGCGUAUCUCCUCUAUAUUGUGAUGACUGGAGCGCUGCAGUUUCUCUAUUGUUUAUUAGUCGGCACUUUUCCGUUCAACAGUUUUCUGUCUGGUUUCAUAUCGUGCGUUGGAUCGUUUAUUCUUGCAGUGUGUCUGAGAAUCCAGAUUAAUCCUCAGAAUAAAGGCGAGUUCUUGUCCAUCUCACCAGAAAGAGCCUUUGCUGACUUUCUGUUCGCCCACACUGUGCUUCAUUUGGUUGUUAUUAAUUUCAUCGGUUAAAGUGUCCACAUGUGCUGAUAAAAAGAUUGACUGUCAAGAAACGACCAAAUCUGGAAAGCACACGGAGCUACCGGAAGCAGAAUAAACAUCAUGUGUAUGAUAGUUAUUUUCUCCCAACACUGACAGCACCUGCACACCUUAUCAAGAUUCCCAGCGCUGUGACAAAUCCUCAAACUUCCUUACACUACUCGACAAAUAAAUGACAUUUCUUGAGACGGGAUUGAUUUUGGGCCCAUUUAUCUUGCCUCCCAAUAAUCUGUGAUGAUUGAAGAGAAUUCAGUCUUGGCUAAUAUGCUUAACUGGAGUGUAUAUUUUAUUAUCUUUCUUUUAAUUUCAAACAUGUUUGUACAUGUUUCAUUAUCAGUAUUUAAUAGAGAUAUAUUUUGCUUUAUUCGGAAAUAAAACAUAAUACACCA